CACAUGGAGAUGGCACUGUUUGGAGUUCUUUUCUUCAGUCAGAUCUGUAAAGUUUUCGCAGAGGUGGCAUUCUGGCGUGUAAGUGAGAGCCAGUCUGUGGAGCUGUCCUGUCCGAUCACGGAGCACAGUACCCAGCUGCACUUGUACCACCGUGGCACCCACAGCCAGAGCACCCUGCUGUCCCUAAGCCGAGGUGAUCCUGCCAGGGUGAGCCCCAAACACAGAGGGCGCCUUUGGCUGAAUGGGGGUCUCCAUGGGGGUCUCCAUUCUGCACAAGUCAAUGUCACUUUACUGCAUCUGGAGUCUGGGGACACUGGGCUGUACCUCUGGGAGAUGACAGAGGACAACUCAUCAAAACAUUUCAUCUAUGACCAAAAGAUCUUUUUGUUGGUUGAAUCAACAGAAAAGUUGUGCCCAUGCUCAUCUGUUCAUCCACCUGUAUUGUUCACCAUCUCUGCAGCAACUGUGCUUAUUCUGCUCAUCAUUUGUGGGCUAGGCAUAGCACAUUGUGUCAAGUCCAAUCAGCACCACACAUUUCAGCCUUCUGCUCCCAUCUAUGUGGAAAUGAGCAGGAAGAAGCAGACUGUGUCCCAGAAUAUCGCUGAACGGACUACACACCUGGAGGAAGUGCGGCUUCCUGUGUACGCCAACCCAAAGUACAGACAGCCCCAAGACAAUUACUACGCCUGCCCCAGACAACUGAAAAUAGGAGAUUAAAAGCAACUAACAAGACAACAAUGUUAACAGCCAAGAAAAAUGCUAUUUUAUUAAUAUUUGAAAGAAGCUCCAUAGUUGAUGAAAACAUUUGUUUCGGUGCAUGUCGUAACAAUCACAUUCUAUGAGGAGAAAGAUAUACAGAGAAAAAUAAAACAUUACAAGCCACUGACUUUUCAUUAAAUCUCAGUACAGACAUUUUACUUAUUAUUUCAAAAACAAAAAGGCAAAAAGCAGCCCUAGUCCCAUAUAGCCCACCCUCUAAUAUCCCCACAAAAACAACUGAGAAAAUUACCCUUGAGGGCAACAGGCUAGAAUCCCACAGUGCUAGAGUGAGAUGCUCAUUGGUUUUAGGAAUACACAGCAUGGUGAUGUAGAGCUAGGUCAAUCCGGAUCAGAGGAGGAGGGGCCAGAAGGCAGAGAUCCCUCCAACCCUCACCCUCUCAUUAUUAAAAAAAAACAAAAAAAAAAACAAACAAAAAAACAAACCUCACCCCUGCAAUAGUGGGCCACCUGAAUGUAGCCCAAAUAAGAGUUCCCCUGACCUGUCCCCUACACUUGUGCAUAGUUUCAUGAUCCUUUACAACCAGCUCAGUGCGAACAAUGUUCCACGAAAAGUCUGUUUUCAUUCUUAAGUUGUUUUCAAAAUACACGCUGUGGGAGAGAAAGAGGAAAGAGCAAUGCACAAUAUUCCUGAUUCAGUCAGGACGGGACCUCAGGAAAACACACAAAAAAGAUUCAAACAGCAUUUUGCAUGUUACUCAUGUCUUUUUCUCACAAUCAAAAUUAUUAACUUUUUAACCUAAAGCAAUUUUUAUAUAUAGAUUUACAUAUAAAGCACAUUUUAUCAGAGUCCAGUAUUUGGUUAUUACGUAACUGCUACGGAUUUAGAAACAAAAAGUUUGCUUUUCUUCGGAAAUCCAUAACUUUCAGUGCUUAAAUUUAAAUCACCUUUUUAAACUAAUCAUAAAAAAUGUACAUUAAAAUGGCGUGGAGUUGAAACUCUGGAACCCUGGCCUUCCUGAGACAAGAUCCACUUUUUGUGUGUGCAAGGUAGUGAGCAAUAUAUAUUUUUUUCAGUUUUCAUAUAUAAUGGAAAAUAUAUAAUAAACAUAAAACAUACAGGCUUUAGAAAUUAAUAUUAACACAGAACAAAAUUGUAAAAGAACACACUGUUCAAUCCCAGAGCUUGAAAAAACAACCAUCUUCAUUUUGUGAAGUUUGUUGCACUUUAAAAUGGAAGCAUUUGUCCUUUUUACAAUCCCAUCGUUAAACUUUUUGUGUUUCAUCUCUGGAAAAAUAUAUUUACGUAAACCGUCAGUGGCCUUUCAGGAAAACAAAGAACAUGAGUCAGUUGAACAAAAGUGACAGAACAAAAGCUAACAACCAAAAAGGUAGGCACCUAUGAAAGAGCCAUCACAGCCCAGGCUCAGUCUCCUGUCCACCUCCACUCUCCACUGCUAAGAUUUGGGAGAGAUGAAGUCCUUCUAUCCUUACUAUGGCCACUGCUCUGCAAACACUUUUUUUUGCUGCAUUUUUACAUAGUAUUUGAUUUUUUUGUUUGUUUUGUUUUUAGUCUGAAAAUGGUGCAAUACUCAAAUAUGAUCCACACUUUCUUGGAUUAUUCCACAAUGAAAGCCACUAAGGUAGAUAAAUGUAACAUUUGUAAAACACACUUAUUUUAGUCCUUGAGUAAACUUUUACACAUGAACUGUCCCGACCUCCCCAUAGUACUUGUAUCAUGUUGUUCAUUUAGCUGAAUCAGGGGCAAGGCUGACACUCAGUGCAAUGCUAGAGGCUAGUAACAAUUAACAUCAGAAUAUACAUUUGACAAGCAAUAAGUAAAACAAAUCAACAAAAGUAUACUGUAUUAAACUAAACACAUUGCGGAGAGCCCACCGCAGUCACCCACACACAAACAUUCAUACGACAUACAGUACACAGUCUUGUGCAAACACUCAAGAUGAAAAAUUGACUCUUUUUUUCUGUAACACUCGCAUUUCAAAUUGGAUUCACUCUGAUACUAUUAAAAAUCUCUGAAGUUUAUGAAUGAGACAAAAAACGACUACAAAAAGUGUUCACAUUACAUUAUUGGCGCUUCUUUUGAUUCAAGUAUUUCGUUCAUUAUUUUGUAUUACUCUGAUAUGUUGAUAUGAACUUUGUAGGGAAUAUAAUGUCAGGGGGUGGGCAUUGGCUAAGUGGAAACAGAGUCAUACAAAGUGCACUAUGGUGGUGCACUGUGUACGAGCUUAUAUGUGCAUAUUCAGCCUAGGCCUUUUGAAAUUUGUAAAUUAAAAUCAUUCUGGCCAACCCUUGUCUGAUCAGUGAUUGAUAAGCAUCUAUUAGUUAAAUUCUAGAUGCUUAUUGAAACCAAAAGACUAAUGAAAUAAUAUUUAAUUUCUAACACUCAAGUCCAAAGUCACUUUACACUCAGUUUCUUAAUUCAAGUCCAGUGUGGAGUAAAUGCAUGAAUAGACACACUCAACAGGCAACAGUGAUUGUUUAGUCGAGUCUGGCACGACUCUGGAAGAGGGACAACCCCCAAAAUUUAAGACUUGGUACCAAACUUAAUGUGUUCUUGUUUCUGCUGAUAGCUUAGGUCUGACCCUAAAGCCAGCUAUUUUGAAAUGAUUAUGUCAUGACCUUCAUAAUGCAGGUCCAUACACCCUGAUUACAGCAUUCCCUCCAAUGGGGGAGAGCUCACAGGGAAACACCUUAGCUUUGGAGGGCACAGCGGAAACAUUUUUUCAGUUUUUGCAAAAAACUUUGAUGAUGAAAAAAGAUAAUGUUUUUGGUUUUUAGAAAGAUGUACCCGAUGUGAUCAAUAAACAGUGCACAGACACAAACAGGGACCAGCUGGCCCCAACUUCUGCAGCGUGUAUGUCCACUAAAGUGUCAAUCCCCUGACAGUGAGAAACCAGCACCAGAGGCUUGUCCUGUCCUACUCCUUGCACGUUACUGCCAGAGCUUUGUGCAUGCCCUGCAGACAAAAACACACUUCACUUUCUUCACUAUGAUACUGCCCGGUGGAAGUACAGAGAGGAAAAGCCAGUUGGCACAAGAUGCCAAAAGUGACUGUUUGCCAACCAACAGUGCCCUCAACAGGUCAUUAGUGUUUAGUAGCUGUGUCCCUCACAUUUGAUUCGGACGCCCAAGGGAAGCUGCCUGGUAGUAAAGGUUAAAGAAGUGGACAUUGGCAGAUGUGGAGCAUGGCUGUGAAAUCUGAAUGGCUGUGAUUGAAUCCCUCCUUGAUUUUGCAUAGAUCUGGAAGGCUGCUCUCAAUGGAGGUGGUUGAAACUAAGCACUCCCAGAGUUAAAACAUAAAGCACCACUGUGGCUGUGCCCCAUCCACUAUAAAGAAGGUGCAUUCACUCUGUGGAGUGGAGACCUUGUCCUGCACGGCACAACACUUAAGAACCAAAAGCCUGUUUCUAUUAAUAUCAUCAGUGUCUGUAUGGGCUGACCAUAAGCCGUACCUAUAAACCACACACUGGUUCUGCUGACAAAGCAGACGGGGGGCCUGGGAAAUCAAAAUGAAACAGCAUUUAUAUUUAAAACUAUACCAUCAGACUGAUGCAACUGCAUCAGUCAACUUUACAAGAAAAUGUACACAGACAAAUGAAAUAAGUACAACACAUCAAGUGCCUCAGCAUCAGGCUAAAGUGAUCAAUGCAGAAGUGAGAGAAAAUGGAAGAGGAGGGUGGCGCAGUAGUCGUAGUGAGCUGCUUUUGGCCUGGAGGUCCAGGGGAAGAUGGGGAGAAGCCAGUUUGACAGGGGUCUGCAGGGAGAGGGAUGAGGACCGCAGCGGAGCAGUGCACUCUGCAGCAGACAGGCACUCAGUGACCAUGAUAUACCACAAGUUGGCAGGGCCUCUUCACAGAGAGAAAUUAAAAAGUAC